GGUCACACUGUACUCAUAUUUUUUCGAAAGCAGACAUUUCGCGGAUGAAAUCAAUCGCUUGUGCAAAAACCCAAUUGUACCGCCGUCGUGUACCGCUCUGGAAACGCCGCCAAUCCGAAAACCUGGCCAAAGUAGAUUGUUUUCCGGCCCCCCACCACAAUAAAAGCUUAUAGCUUAGAGCCGUAUUUUCCUGGUAUAUUUUUCGUCAGCGAAAAGCCGCGUGUGUAGUGGUGUGCGUGUAUGCCAAUGUGUGUGUGUGUGUGAGAGCACACUUGUUAGUGUGUGAGUUUUUUUGGUGAGAGCCACAGCAGUAACAACAAAAACAACAGAAAAGAUAACCAAAAUCGACAAAUGCGGUCAAAUUGAAAAGAAAAACAAAAAUCAAAGAGUAUUUCUCGCGAAAAGUAAAAAAAACCGCAGAUUUCCUAAAGGAAAAGCCGGAAAAUUGCCCACUAGGCGUGUCGCUGCUUCUUCUUCUUUCCAAUUGUUUAUGCUGCGACUGCCGUAGUGUGCGAAGGAGAGAGAGAGAAGAGAGUGAGGUAGAGAAGAGUCUUAUCAACGACCACUUUCUUAUCAGAAUCUGCAGAUCGGUUGCGAAAAGUCAAAUCCAUUGAAAAGGAACAUUAAACGGUUAAAAUAGAACAUUAAACAAACAGUUAUCCAAUCGUCAGCAAAUCGUCCGUUUCCAUUUCGAGAAGGCAAAGAUUGAAAAAUAUCCAUUUGCCCGCAGUCCCACAGCAAUCAAUCAAGCGCAUAUUGGUUCAACUUGAGAAAAGGGCAUAUUUUCGGCCUUGCAAAUUCCAAUCUUAAAACUAAAUGACGCCUGUGUCUGAAACUGAAACCCUGCUGCCAAAUACCGCAACGCUGGACGCCAGACGACGGUUACAAAUUAGCCAGCCAGCCGUAGAUUUGCAAGUCUAAGAAUAAGAAGUCGCCCAGUUAAAAGCAGAGCGAUAUCCCGGUUGAAAGGAACUAGGAGCCAAGGUCGAAAACAGGAGCCACAUCAAAGGGGAGGACGAGCCAGGGCCACUGUGACUAUUUUUUCAAGAGCGCCAAAGGAUUCAUUAAAAAACCGCCAACCUGGAACUAAUGGAAUUAGAGAAUAUUGUGGCCAAUACGGUCUACUUGAAAGCAAGAGAAGGUGGUUCCGACAGCAACAAGGGAAAGAGCAAAAAAUGGCGAAAAAUAUUGCAAUUCCCACACAUAUCGCAAUGCAUCAACCUGAAAGACAAAUUAGACAUAAGCUAUGGCUACGUGAUAGAUCAGCAACCCAUUGGUCGUGAGCUCUUCCGCCUGUUUUGCGAGAACAAGCGGCCCGUCUACUUUCGCUACAUCACCUUCCUGGAUGAGGUGGUCAAAUACGAAAUCGAGUAUAUUUCGAACCGCAUAUUCAUUGGCCAUGACAUCGGGCGUCGCUUUUUGGAUGUCGAGGCGCAGCUGGAGCUGCGAAACGGCAGCGGUGGCGACGCCCUGGACGCCGAGACGCAGGAGGAGCUGCUGCUGAACAACAGCAAUGCCAAUCCCAAUCCAACUGAAACAGCUGAGACUGAACACUGCAACAAUACCACCGCCAACAACUGCAACAACAUCAACAACAGCAACAACAGCAGCGACAUUAAUCACAAGAAGCUCGACACGCGCAAUCACAACGGCGACGAUGCCACUGGGAACGAAAGCCACCAGGAUCAGGAUGACGGAGACGAGGGCGUCGAGUGCCUGGAUAGCCAUGAUGACGCGGAAAAGGGGGGUGACGGAGGAGAAGGUGUUGGUGAAAAGAUUGCCCACCACGUAGGGGGAUGUCCCGACGAACUUGUGCUGGACGUACUCAACGAUGAUCUCAUUGCGCAAGUGCGUAACAAACUCAACAGCGGCGGCAAGGACAUCUUUGCCCAGUGCGUGAAUGCGGUAAAGGCGUUCCUGGCCGGCGAGCCGUUCCGGGAGUUUGAGAGUUCAAUGUAUUUUCACCGUUACUUGCAGUGGAAGUGGCUGGAGGCGCAACCAAUCACCUAUAAAACGUUUCGCAUGUACCGCGUGCUAGGCAAGGGCGGCUUCGGCGAAGUGUGCGCCUGUCAGGUAAGGGCCACUGGGAAAAUGUACGCGUGCAAAAAGCUGGAGAAAAAACGCAUCAAGAAGCGCAAAGGCGAAUCGAUGGUGUUAAUCGAGAAGCAGAUUCUGCAGAAAAUCAACUCGCCGUUCGUGGUCAAUCUGGCCUACGCGUACGAGACAAAGGAUGCCCUCUGCCUGGUGCUGACCAUAAUGAAUGGCGGCGAUUUGAAAUUUCACAUUUACAACAUGGGCGGCGACCCGGGAUUCGAAUUGGAGCGUGCCCGCUUUUAUGCGGCCGAAGUUGCCUGCGGACUGCAGCAUCUGCACAAGCAGGGCAUUGUCUACCGGGACUGCAAGCCGGAAAACAUCCUCUUGGACGAUCAUGGCCACGUACGCAUUUCCGACCUGGGACUUGCCGUUGAGAUACCGGAGGGCGAGAUGGUGCGCGGCCGGGUGGGCACAGUGGGAUAUAUGGCCCCCGAGGUCAUCGACAACGAGAAAUACGCCUUCUCACCGGACUGGUUUAGUUUCGGCUGCCUGCUAUACGAGAUGAUCGAGGGACAGGCGCCAUUCCGGAUGCGCAAGGAGAAGGUCAAGCGAGAGGAAGUGGACAGGCGCGUUAAGGAGGAUCCCGAAAAGUAUUCGAGCAAGUUUAAUGAUGAAGCCAAAUCAAUGUGCCAACAGCUGUUAGCUAAAUCGAUAAAGCAGCGCCUAGGCUGCCGCAACGGACGCAUGGGCGGACAGGAUGUGAUGGCCCACCCGUUUUUCCACUCCACCCAGCUCAACUGGCGACGCCUCGAGGCUGGCAUGCUGGAGCCGCCCUUUGUGCCAGACCCACACGCCGUUUACGCCAAAGAUGUGCUCGAUAUCGAACAGUUUUCUACGGUGAAGGGCGUCAAUAUCGACGAGUCCGAUACAAAUUUCUACACGAAAUUCAACACGGGCUCCGUGUCCAUUUCCUGGCAGAGCGAGAUGAUGGAGACCGAGUGCUUUCGUGAGCUGAAUGUCUUCGGUCCCGAGGAGUGCCCCACGCCAGACUUGCAGAUCAAUGCAACGCCCGAACCGGACAAGGCGGGAUGUUUCCCCUUCCGUCGGAAGAAGAAGCAGCCGGCCCGCACACAGCCCAUACCCAUUCCCGAGCAUCUGUUAACCACUAGUCACAGCGUGUCCUCCACGACGGUCGAGAGCUGAUAGCAUAGAUUGGUCGAGGAAGCCUCUAAGCGGACGCCUGAUCUGGACGCCGACACAUAGCACAAAUUGCGCACAGUCACCCCGGAUUGCGGGUAUUCAGCGGAAGCAGAAGCAGAAGCAGACCCUAAUUAAAACCAAAACCGGUAGCGGUUUCUUCCUCAGUUGAAGCGCAAAUAGCACUUUUGAAAUUGUAUUUUUUACUUAACAUUUUCUAAUGAAAACUUGCAAGCUGAUUUCGCCACAAACACACACACAUAACAAAUAUUUAUAAAUGUUUCCAAAAGACUCCACACCGAAACAAACACACAAACAUUAAGCACACACUAGAGCGUUAAUUAAUGGAAAACGUGGUAGCAUGAAUACCACUCACUAUACGACUUUGAGAGCUAUGGCCGUCAGUUUGUCACAGCACCCAAAACUAAUGUUACUUAAAUGCGAGCUCUAUCUAAUUGAUCAUCAUCUAUAACAUGCAACACCAGGAGCAGGACAACAGCAUCAGCAGCACUACGUAGACUAGGAAUAGGCGGAAGUACAGAAUAAUGUGUAAUUUUUGUAAAGUAGUUUGUGCUCAACAGGACGAUAGCGUUGGAAGGUAGAGAUGUUCUAGUUAGCAUUUGAAAGUUAAGAAAAUGACAUGAAUACUCGAAAACUUGAAUGCAUUUUUAACAAAUACUUACUACAUGCUACUAUAUUGUAUAUUCGUAAACACAAGCGUACAACCUAAACAGAUUGUACAUUUUAAAACCAAUAAUUAUUUAAAUACGACUCCUAAGUUUUAUUGCCGCACACUUUUGCUAAGCUUUUCAUAUUGUUCUUUGACUCUUUUCUGUUGCCUAAGUUUAAGCUGGCCCGAAGGUUCCCAUGGGGGAACGUUCUCGUUAUUACUUUUGUUGGUUUCGUCAUGCAAUAAAAAUGAACAGAGAAUUAUGCUAAAUAAUUCAUUUGAGAUAUCGAUGUGUAAACGUAGCGUAGGCAUUUUGUAAUUAGCUACCAGAAAAGAAAGAAACACGAAAACAAAAGAAAACCAAUUGGAGAAUUUAUUAUGUUAAUAUGGAAAAUUGAUCAUGAUUAUUGAACUUGUUGGCAGUUGCAAAAGUGCCAUCUGCAAGUCUUAGUUGAAUUCACUUAAUUUAGGCACAACUAGUAAAUUGUAAGGCAUAGAUUGAACAACUACUACCAGCACAACCAACCCGCAGACAAACGCCAUAAGCCCCGAAAUCCAAUUUAUUACCUAAACUACGAUAAACCAAACUGAGCAAGCGCCGAAAUAUUUAUCUUUAGCAAUUAAAGGCAUAUUUAUAAUGCAUCGUAAAUACCAGAUAUAAAUACAUAUAUAAAUCUAAUCUGUAAGCGAAAUGAUACAAAACACAAACGCAAAGUCAAGAGAUGAACAUUCAGAAACAAUAAACGUAUUUAACUACCAUUUAA